AUGGCGCCCAGUGAAGCCGCGCCGACGCCGGUCGUCUCGUUCCCCGAUCUCAUUUCGCACGCCAAACAAACCAGGAUGGAGGUCCUUUACUCGUUCUCGGAAUUUUUCUUAUUUAUCAGUGAAAAAAAGUUUUUACCAAUAAAAUUUAAAUGCUCCAAGCAUUGCUGGCUUUUUCAAGAAUCCAAAUUUUUUUCUCUGGUUUUAUUUUCGAGCAAAUUAAAUCGACCAGAGACUUUUUAUCUAAAUUUUUUUGAUUUUUUUAUUUUUUUCUGUCUGAAGCUGUAAGCUCACGAAUCAAUUUCAUUUAAACAACGAAAAAAAUCAGCGGAUAUUCAAAAAAAGUUAAGAACAUGGAGAGUAUAAAAAGGGCAAUGAAGAAGGCUUCAAACGUUCGUAAGAGGUUGAAAACUGAUUUUGUUGAUUGAGAAUCUUUUUCCAGGUCAGAACUGUACUCGCGAUAACGUUCACCAAGAUGACGAUCGUCAAAACAGAAAGCGGCUGCAAAAUGUGAUUUUCAUUUUUACUCCUUAAAAAAACUUUAGAUGAAAAAGGAAAUAAAAAAACUAAUUUUUUUUCGUAAUUAUUGGAUAUAUUCAUAUGAAAACCUAGGGAAAGCUUGUCGUAAUGUUUUUUUUUUUGAAUUGUAGAGUGAAAAGUUCCCAGGAGUUGAUGGCUGAUUUUCCUUGAACUAUUAAUACCAUGUUAUCAAGGAUUUUUAAAAAAAAUACAUAUAACAAAAAAAAUUUUUGUAGUUUCUAUGUUUUUUUAACUCUUUUUGACUUCUGUUUAAUUUUUGACUGUUUUGAUUCAGCAAAAAAAAAUAAUUAUAAGUUUUUGAGUUUUUUUGAAAUUGAAAGAAUUGAGUCCACAUGUGAAAAAAAAUUUUUCAAAGUUGUCAGUCAGCUGAUUAUUCUCCAGCCACUUUUUUCUAUUACUUUUGAUUAUCUAAAAUUCUAAUGAACAGAUUAUAAUGAAAAGUGCAUAUAGUUUUGACCCACAGUUCUCCGAAGAUAACUUUCCACUUUUUAGUCUAAAAAUUUCGAAACUUGUGAAAAUACUAGCUUUCUCAUAGGUACGCCCUGGGCACACCCCAGUGUUCUUCGAUGCAGACGCUGCUGUCGGCGUCGCUUCCGAAGUCCCCGAACGGCAACAACUCCGAUGUGGUCCGCCUCACGCCGAUGUACGACGACAGCCAGAUCAAGUGAGAGUGGGUCGACGGACCGCGGAGGGCCGACGUGUUGCAGAAUCAGAGCGGCGCCUUCCGCCGAGUUCUCUCUGAUGUGCGAGAGACAGAGGUCCGCCGUCGUUUCCGGCGUCAUGGACUACUCGAUCGGGCUCGACGAGAGCAACUUGAUGCUCAACACCGGCGAGAGGCUCUACAGGUACUCUCCAAUGACUAUUCCCAGGCUUUUUCAACGAAUUUUUAUUUCGAAUUGAAGAACCCAUGAUUAUAGAGUAGAGCAGGUUUUUUCAAUAGUAAGAAGGAGAAAAAAAUUCAAGCAAAAAAAUUCUAAUUCUACAUUUUUUUCUUUUUUUGUUUCAUCAAAUUAGUUGAGCCAAUCGCUGUCCAGACUUUUUUUCCUCUUCACAAAAAUAGCUAUUCAGAGAAGUUUUUUUCACAAGGAAAAAGGUGUCAAAAAGUUCAGUAAAUAUAGCUGGGAAAUUGAAAAAAAGGCUUUCAAAAAAAACUUUUAUUGGAAAAAAAAGGGGCUCGAAAGUUUUUUUCCAAGUUACACUUCUUUUUAUUUGACCUAAUUUUUCAAAUUUUAUUUUUCAGGAAUUUCUCUCGAAACGAGGUUUUAGUUCUUCGGAAAAAAAUUUUAUAAAUGUUUCAAGGGGGCUUUGAGUUUAUAAUGUUUCGUUUGACUGUUUUAGAGGCGUUUUUCCGCUUUUUACUUCAAAAAAAUUCUGAAAAAACUGAUAACGAAAUUGCGCCUUUCAGGAAAAGUUUUUGGAAUAAUCAAAACUUUUUUUCUUUAAAGCGGUGUUAUCUUUAAAGCAGGUGAUCCUGUUUGAGUAGAAAUAUUUGGUGUUUUAUUACAUUUGUAGCCGAAGUAUUCGGAAUCCCCCUCUUGUCCUUCUCACUCUUGAAGUUUCAGAGUGUUGGACGGGCGAAUAAAGUCACUCGGUGCCAUACGAGUUGUGGACUUGGAAGUAGACCAAGAAGUCGAAGAACUUACUUCCGUCUUCUCUUCGUGAGCGUCUUGGUCAAAGUUUCGAAAUCUCAUUUUUCUCUCAGAAAAAGGCCGGGUUUCGUUUCGGACGCCCGUGUUUGCCCCUCCGACAACCGAAUAAUUGCCUUUGUCCUCAACAAGAAGGUUUCCAAGCUCAUCAAUUUUUCUUAUCCGUUGUCUUUGAUCUCUCAAUUUGACGAAAAAAGUGAUCGUGUCAGAUUUACAUCGACAUCAACGGCGUCGUCGUUUUUUCGACGGCCGAAGCGGAAGGAGUGACCAACGGCGUCUCGCCCUACAUAGCCCAGGAGGAACUCGAAAGAUUCGAGGCCAUUUGGUGGAGUCCGACGUCUCCAAGGUUAGCGAUUCUUCAGCCGAAUUCUUUUUUUUUCUACAGAAGCACAUGUGAAAUAGUCAUUACCUGAGAAGUUAUCAUGCUCGAAAAUUGGAAAUAGUUUGAAAAAUACUUGCAUAUCUACAUCAUAUAGAUAUAUCAAUAGAAAAAGUUUGCUCAAAAUUUUCUUUUAUUUUUUUUUUUGAUUUUUUAUCGACACAGCUUUUUACGGUCACCGGCCUUUCCUAGGAGGACUAUUUUAUAGUUAUAUACAGUUUUCUUUCGAAAAAUUUACGUCGAUUCGUUAAAAUCAGCAUUUUCUACAUGGAUUUUUCGAGGUAUGGGACUUUUUUUCAAUUUUCAUAAUCUCACCAGUAUUUUUAUAUUUUUGUGUUCAUUUUACAGGUUACUUUUCGAGCGUGUUGACGAGCGAGCUGUGGACAAUCUCUCAUUUUCUUGUCCCGGAAAGCUCGACGCGGACCCUCCGAUGCGAUAUCCCCGCGUCGGCCUCUCAAACGCCACCAGCGAGCUGCGAAUGUUGAUCAUCGAAGAUGGCAAAGUUGGAUCUCUGAGCAAAUGGAUGAAUCAAUGGGAAAGUUCAGGUGUUACAAGCGCGACUGAAGUACUCGCUGAGAGCCUACUUUCACACGAUGGAAUACAUCGUCCGCGCCGGAUUCGCCAACGACGGCAGAACGUACAAAAAGUCGUCCUCUCUAUUAAUCUGAAUAUUUUUCCAGUGUCUGGGCGCAGCUGAUGAACCGACAGCAGAACUCGUGCGUGCUGGUGUUGAUCCCCGAGAAGGACUUCAUCAUCGACGGCUGCCAGUCGACGGACCAACGCAACGGCAGCUGCUCGCCGUCGCCGUCGACGCCGUUCGUCAAGCACUGGGUCAACGUCCACGCCAACGAGUCUGACGCCUGGAUCAAUGUCAGUUCCGAUUUCCUUCCCAAGAAUUUCAAGUGAGAGUAGGAGUGAUAGGUGGUGUCCGCGAACCAUUCGCUUUGAAGGCAGAAAGAGAAGUCGGGAUAAAGAAAAUUGUUUGGAAACCGUUUAUCAGUUCUCUCAAAAGUUCUUUGCCGAAGGCCAAUUUUAACUAGAUUUUAUACUUCGAAUCUAUGUAAAAAUUAAAAAUUGAAUUAAGAGAAAUCCGUAAUGAGUAUUAGAAAGAGGAGAGCUGUUUCGAGAGAAAAGCACGUUUGAGGACUGAAAGAAUUUCUUAAAAAUUCGCUCAAACACUCUUUGAAGGUCUAGUUCAAGAUUUCCCAUAGUACUAAGUCAAACAUUUUCAAAUCACAGAGUAAAAUUGCCUCCUUUUUUAGAUAGGGAAAUAGAUUUUCAAAUUUUACAUUUUUAUUUUCAACCCGAAUCUGUUCAGGUCCAUAACGCGACGGUGCCUCUGGACUCUAGUGACCGGCCUGGCGAGUACAGUUUCGUCUAUUCGAAGGAAACGGGAAAAGGAAGCCAACUUCUCAUUGUCAACAUCACUUUGAACAACGAGUGGGGCUUUUUUCGAAAUGGCCCCUGAACAGAGCUCCUUUUUCCAGUGGAACGGUCUUCAGCCAACAAGAGUUCUCCUUGUUGCCGGAAGACGCCAACUUCUCGAUCUGCAAGACGACCAACGUCCACGUCGACAAGAACCGAAAACUCGUCUAUUUCUUGGCCAACCACAGCAACCCUAUCGAGUGGAAUGUGUGAGUCUUCUAACAAGCUCAUCUUUUUCUCGGCAUUUCUCAGACUUGCCUGGAACAUUCUUAAUUAAAAAAUCAUCAUCUGCCACCGCCUAUAUUCGAGAUAAAACGCCUAAAAGCUCUCAAAGACGGUCCCUGUUGAACCUUUGAGGAAGCUUGGCAAAAAUGAACUGCAGGGCCUCCUGACUCCGAACAAGAAAAAUAUAUAUCCCUCUUAAAUAACGCUUUUUUCUCCUUGUUUGUGUAACUUGCAAAUUUGAAAAGCUUAUUCCUCGAAAAAAAAUGUGUGACACAGUCUCAAAUGAAACGAGAUGUUCUUCAUUUUUCUGGGUUCUCUAUUCAAUAAAAUACGUUCUCUCCUGACGGCGGCAGUUCAGUUUAGCCAUGGAGCAGCUGCAAAAAAUCAAAAAGCAUUUAUUUCGUCUUGAAUUUUUUUUUGGCUUCUGGGAUCCGCUUGAGUUGGGUGGCUGCAAAAUAAUGAGUCAAAGUUGAAAAUACUGAUUUUAGCGGCCAAAAAUAUAGCCCUAGGUAGUUUCAAGCUGUCGAAAAUGAAUCAUACAUUGAAAAUUUUCGGUCUGAUUUUAAAUAAAAACUGUCAAGUAAGAAGUAAAAUGACCUUUUUAAGAAUCCUCUAGAGUUCUAGGUUUAAAAAAGGCGUUUUCAGUUGCGUUGCGAGCUAUUCUCAUCGUGAUCGAAUCUUAUUCCGUCAACUAACUCCCGACGGAAUCACCUUCAAGUGAGUUUGGGAAAAAAAAUCCAGGAAAGGUCUUUGGAAGGUUUGAAAAAAAUGUAAAUUCUUAACAAAUGACUUCCAACAGGCUUCUGAAAGGUAAAUUGAAGGUUUUGAGCUAUAUGAAAGUGUUUGACCAUGUACUCUAAAGUUCCAAACGCCUUCCGAGGGACCGAAAGCAGUGGCUUCCCAAUUUUUACCCGAAUUACAUAUUUUCGAACGAAAAGAACGAAGCAAAUAGGAAAAAGGCCCUACGGCACAAUAAGACUCAGUAGAUUCGGAUUAUCUUUGAAAUGAUCGUCCGAGAGUCUUAUCGAAAAUGCGACUCUACAGGACGGAACGAGCUUCGCACUCGUUGGCUCUGCAUCCCGAGGUCGGAUUCGCCUGCUGGGCGACGUCUCUCAACCAGCAGCAGCACUGCCGGUUUUACGCCUUGCACCACUCGAAAGACGACGUUUUGCCCACCGCCGAGUACGUCACCGAGGUGGAUCUCCGAACGGAAAGCAUGAUAAAUAGUGGAUAAUUCAGGUAAUCUUGGCUGGAACAGCUCCCGUUCCGUCUCCAACGAAAAAGGAAAUGGUCCCCGAAGUGAUCGAGUACAAAACGGCGUAAGUUUCUCAAAAGUUUACUGGGCAACUAUUUUUAAAAUCUUUUUAGAGUUCAAUAAUGGCGUUAUGAGGUAUCAAAAAAAUGUAACUAUGUAAAAGCUAGAGCGUCGUAGCAGAGAUAAGAGAGGGCGCAGAGAAACGAGAGAAUUUCAAAAAAAAGUUUGGAAAAUUUUUUUGCUCACAACUUUGUCUAGCUCAAUCUUUUUGAAACUCCAUAAGUCUAUGGAAAACAAAUAAUUGGAUUUAUUUUAAUUAUACGACGCGGCCGAUUCGAGUCCAAAAAUGAACGGCUUAAAUUUGGACCCUUCAGCAUUUUCCAUCUUGCUUCAUUUCCAAAAAGAGUUUGAGAAAAUUUUUGUUUGCACUUACACCUGUUUAAACGCAAUUUCUUUUAUCAAAAUAGUUUGAAGAUAUUUGAAAAGGAGAAAAACGAUGAAAGAAACUUUAAAGUCUAAUUGCUUUUUUUUUUUAAAGUUGAUCCUCUCUUCUAGACUCCAUCCCUCACUUUCAGCUCGUCACCAUUCACCUUCUACGCGCUAGUCAUGAAGCCGUUCAACUACGUGCCGCACAGAAGCUAUCCCGUCGUGCAAUACGUCUACGGCGGCCCUGGCGUCCAAGUUGUUCGCAACGAUUUCUCGACGUUUGUCAGAGGAUUCCCGAAGAAACAACCCUCUUCUCCUUUCAGCUGGGUUCCGUUCCAGAAGUACACGAGGCUGGGCUUCGCAGUGGUGAUGCUCGACGGACGGGGAUCCGCCAACCGAGGACUUGACUUCGAGUCGCCCAUCAAGCGCAGACUGGUUAGUCGGUAGAUGGUCGUCCAAGAAAAGGACUUCUUUGAGGGAGUCGUCGAGGUCGAGGAUCAGUUGGAGGGCCUCCGGAUAGUCGCAGAACGAUGUGGCGGACUUCUGGACCUGGAACGAGUCGUCGUGACUGGAUGGUCUUACGGCGGAUACAUGGCCUUGAUGAUGCUCGCCAAACAUCCCAAUGUUCGUACUUUGGGAAUCAACUUUUUGUGAAGUUAUUAUCGAUUUAAAAUACCGGUUAUUUUUUAUAACGGAGCGCUGCUUUCAAAGUUGAUUAUUUCUAAAACUUUGCAGUAUUUCAAAACAGAAAAUGACAAAAAGAAAAAUUCUCUCAAUUUUUCAUUUUAUGAAAUUUUGCCGAAAUCCAUUUUACUGAUUCCAGAUCGAAAAAAUUUUUUCGUAAUUUUUGCUUUUUUUUUCAAAUUGACGUCCUAAAGACCGGGAACCACGACUACUUAAAAGGCAUUUUUUUGCAAGUUUUAUAAAGUUCUCAGCCGGCGAUCAAAAAAGUUUUCUCGAGAUUGUGGUUAACUUGAAGAUUAGUCUGAAGAUAACGAAUAUUUUCAGACUAUCCAAAAUUCAACAGAACAGGGCUUUCAUCUCAAAAAAAUCUUUUUUUAAAAAAAUACCGAUUUUUUUAAAAAUUUAUUCGCUGUUUCUGAAAAAGACAGCUUGAAAUUAUUAUAAAAUGUUCUUUUUUUUUGAUUUCGUGCUAGCCCUCGUUUUCCAGGCUCCACUGAUUAAGAGAUACGUCUGUUCAGCGAGUAUUUUACACAAAAAUGAAGCGCUUGAAACUGUGAAACACGUGAUAUGACAGGUCUACCGAGCUGCGAUCGCCGGCGGAGCAGUGACGGAUUGGCGACUCUACGACACGGCCUACACGGAACGCUACAUGGGAUACCCCCUCAAGGAAAACUACGACAAUUGCUCGGUUCUGCCGUUCGUUCAUGCACUCCCCGAGGAGUGAGCGACUGUCUUUCUGUGUGUCCUGACUGGAAACAUUCAGACCUGGACGACUGAUGUUGAUCCACGGACUCAUUGACGAGAAUGUCCACUUCACGCACAUGGAGCGCCUUAUCAACACCUUGAUUAAAAGAGGAAAACCCUACGAUCUCAAGGUAUGAGGCUCGAUUUGCUUGUGGAAUGAUCUGUGGCUUCGCGACUGCGUAGCGGCUACCUUUUCUUUUAUAACUCAAAAAAAUUUGCGCGCAAAUGCAUCGAAGUAGGUCAGGAAAGGUUACCAAACGUCCAUUCUUUUUCUCUAUACCACUUGUCACCACUACGUUUCGAAAAAUGGAGUAAUUUUUCAUUUAAAAAUAGGUUUUUUUUUUGAUAGUACUUCAUUAUCGUGCAAUGAAAGUUUCAGACUUAGUUGGAAAAUGACGAGGAAUUCAAACUAACGGACAAGAAACUAUUGCGAGCUUUAGACGAGAAAAAAUAGUUUUUAAUAUUUUUUUAAUUUUAAUAUUCUUUUCUAGUGGACAGUUUUUUUUCAAAUGAAAAGACUCAGUAAAAUAUGACUUCCAUUCUUUUUUUAAGCUAAAGUGAAUGCGAUUUCAGCUUUUCCCCUCUGAACGGCACGGAGUUCGGAGUUCAGAGUCGGCGGCUUAUCUCGACGCCUGUAUGCUGAGAUUCAUCAUCGACGCCUGCAAUUUACCUUCUCGUUGA